AUGAUACAGAAUCUCAGUGAUGAUCCUGAUGAAAAUGAUCAAGUUCAAGAUGAGGAAGAGAUGGACAUGAAGUCAGUAGCCUAUGAUGGACGAGCAGUGGUGGACAUGUUGGAGAGUACAAGACGCAGAGCACGAUCAUUCAAUACGUCGUAUGUUAUCCACUUUGAAUUGAUACAGUGGAGACGAGAUCAACAAGGAAUGUGGUCACAGAUUAUCAAAUGUAUUGCACAUGUUUUGCCUGAGUGUGAUGUCAUGUCGGGACAAUUUAUGGCAAUUCAAGACAUUGAAGAAAAAGCACAAGAGUUUCGAUUACAACUACGUACUCGUCGUGUCAAGAUACUGAAGGACCCAAUGUAUCCACUAACGCCUGGACGAUAUAUCUUACAAGGUAUUACAAUUGCUGAGAAUGCAUUCGUCUACGAGUGUAUCGUGGACAUGAUAUUGCACGUGAAUGGCACAAUGUCGGGUACAUCUUGUGAAUUCCCGUUUACUCAAGAGUGUCCACUUACCGGUAUGUGGACUUGUAAUGGUCUCAAGUAUUUGCUGCAAUAUGAAAUGCAUGGCAAUAAUCACACAUACAUAUAUUUACUUUGGCACACCAACUUACUCGAGCUUGCAAGGCACGUGGCAAAAUUCCAAGCUUGCCGUACUUGCACGAAACCUUGA